AUGUCGCGCGCGGCGGCGCAAGUCCACCGCCAGGCCCGCCACCAGCUAAGCAAUGACCGCCAUUCGCCGCGGCACCCGCCGAGCGCGUUCAACCAGAGCCUCCUGUUACACGACACUCGACACCCAGCACCGGCACCAGUCCUCACCACCAAGCCCGUGCGGCGCACCUCGCUCCCGCCCUCCCUCGACACGGUGAGAGAGCUCGCGUCCCCCGACAGACGGCUCGUCGAACCACCCAUGGAGCUCGAACCCCAGCAGCAGCAGCAGCAGCAGCAGAUCAGCGCACGUCGGUUCUCCUUCCGAGCGCUUUUCAGGUCCCGGAGCAAGGCAGCAACACCGCGACGCCCAGACGGAGACGAGCCCACUGCUGCAGAGAUGUUGCACCAGGUGUCGGAGGAAGAAGACCGCGAACCACACAGUUUAGAGUGGCUCGUCUACCGCUUCCAGCCCUCGCGCAGCUCGGCCAGCCUGAGUGGUACGACUUCGACUGCUGACCACACGGCCGAUCCGACGUUCGCGCCGACAGAAGGAGCAUUCACACCGUACCAGUACCAGAAGUACUCGCUCGCGUGGCAUCAGUCGCAGCACCGCAAGAAGUCGCGUGUGCAGCCCAACACUGGCGGCAGUGUAUCGCUUACGGAUCUGUUAACGCCACAACGGCUGGGGCGGAACAGCUCGACGCACUCGCUGCCACUUACCCCAGCCGCGGCGGCGCGUGGCCGGCCCCGCUCCCUCAGCUCGGUGCAGCAGAGCCGUUCGCGCCGCGAGAGCGCGGUGACCUUCGACACAACGACCACCAACCGCCCUGCGUCAAUUCGCUCGGUGCGAUUCGCCGAGGCCGAGGGGCCCGAAGUGAUCCCCAGGGCGCCGUCGCUCCUCCACAACACUCUGUCGAUUGAUGCAGACCCGCCCCCGACGCCCAGGAGUAUCCUCCGCUUCUCAGGCCUGUCGUCGCCGCCGCUCGUCCCCGAGGUGACGGUGGAAGAUACUGCCGUUGGGAGCGAUGCGUCGCCGUCUAGUCUUGAGCUUGCGGCUGCACCGUCGUCUGAAGGAAGGUCUAGCAUAGACUCGACACGCCACCCCUUCAUCACGCGGUCCAUCGAGUCUACGCUGUCUCUCACGGAUAUCAAUGUGGCACCAAGGCGUUGCAGAAGCUCCUCUCAGAGCUCUACCACUCGGCCCAAGCUCGCCCGCCCAGACAUCUCAAUCUCGACCAGUGGCUCGUCGCAAGCACCGGCCAAGCCAUCGAAGAGCUCCCCGCUGGGCUCGUCCACCUCUCUGAUGCCCGACCAAGCCUCGAUUGUCGUUUCCUCGCCCACGUCCUCCCUGGCUUCCCUUCCCCCUGCGCCUCCUCCCUACCAAAAGUUGUCGAGAAAGGUGUCACCCGGAUCAACCGCGUCCAUUGCUUCCUCGACUGACCGCCACAACUCGCCCCCGAGUUCGUGGAGCAUCCGCAAUGCGUCAACCACGACGCUCCUUUCUCCCCUCCAAGGCAUGUCCCUCCCUGCCAUUCCCGCACCGUCGUCAUGGGGACCGAUCAAGCGUAUCCGCCGUGGAUCGUCUACUUCUGUCGACACCAAGAAGUCGCUUGGCGUCAAAUUGGCGUCCAUCGAAAAGGGAGUCCACAGCUCCAAGUUUAUUCGCCUGCCCAAGGAGAAGCCCGACCCCAAGACUUGGGGACCUCGUCCGGUCAGGGGAACGUACGACUUUGCACGUGGUCCGGGAGAGGCGAAGUGGUUUGAAGAGCGGAAGGGACAGAGGCAAGGUGCUGCGGAGCAAGAGGCAUCGCCGCCCCGCCCUACCUCGGCCCGCUCGCUCUACGUCUACGACUGGACGAGGGAUGUCACCGAGUCGGUUCCGUGGCAGCGCGACAACGCAAGCACAUAUAGUCUGCCAGUGUUUUCGAGUCCCUGGGCGUCGGACGAGCCUUCUCCGACAGAUACGGUGGUCGACCUCCCCUUCCUUGACAAGGAGCUCCCUCCGCUUCCGACCAACAACGACGGAUCCGAGACUGAGCGCUCGGCUUCCCCCGCACUCUCGGACUGCAGCCUGCACCGCAACCUCAGCCUUCCGAAGCCCUCCCUCCCCGAAGUCCCGGAAUACAUCACCAAGCAUGAGCGUCGCCUAGCCAAGAUGGCCGAGCGUGCUGAAAGGCGCCUCAGUGUCCAAGUGGCCGUGCACUCACGCGAGCGCCAGUCGCGCUCCUCAGCCAAGGGGAGGGGCUCGACCCGUCGCACGCUCUCUGCACCACCCAUCUCCGAUGCGGCCUAG